AUGGCCUCUGUCACUCGUCUCAGCAACUCUGCCCUGAGGGCCUCAUUGCGCGCCCCCGCCUUCAAUGGCGUCGCUUUCAACGCUUCUCGCUGCUACUCCGCGAAGGCCCAGUCUCUGAAGGACCGCUUCGCCGAGCUUCUCCCCGAGAAGAUUGAGCAGAUCAAGGCUCUGCGAAAGGAGCACGGUUCCAAGGUUGUCGACAAGGUCACCCUCGACCAGGUCUAUGGCGGUGCCCGUGGCAUCAAGUCCCUCGUCUGGGAGGGUUCCGUCCUCGACGCCGAGGAGGGUAUCCGAUUCCGUGGAAAGACCAUCCCCGAGUGCCAGGAGAUCCUCCCCAAGGCUCCCGGUGGCAAGGAGCCUCUUCCCGAAGGUCUCUUCUGGCUUCUCCUGACCGGUGAGGUCCCUACCGAGCAGCAGGUCCGCGAUCUGUCCGCCGAGUGGGCUGCCCGCUCCGACAUCCCCAAGUUCGUCGAGGAGCUCAUCGACCACUGCCCUACCGACCUCCACCCUAUGGCCCAGUUCUCUCUGGCCGUCACUGCCCUCGAGCACACCUCCUCUUUCGCCAAGGCCUACGCCCGAGGCAUCAACAAGAAAGAGUACUGGCACUACACCUAUGAGGACUCCAUGGACCUCAUUGCCAAGCUGCCCAACAUUGCUUCCCGCAUCUACCAGAACGUCUUCAAGGGCGGAAAGGUUGCCGCCAUCCAGAAGGACAAGGACUACUCCUUCAACUUUGCCAACCAGCUCGGAUUCGGCCAGAACGAGGACUUUGUUGAGCUCCUGCGUCUGUACCUGACCAUCCACACCGACCACGAGGGUGGUAACGUCAGCGCCCACACCACCCACUUGGUCGGCAGCGCCCUCAGCUCUCCCUUCCUGUCUCUGGCUGCCGGUCUUAACGGUCUUGCUGGCCCCCUGCACGGUCUCGCCAACCAGGAGGUUCUCAACUGGUUGACUGAGAUGAAGAAGGCCAUUGGUGACGACCUUAGCGACAAGGCCAUCACCGACUACCUCUGGUCUACCCUCAACGCCGGCCGUGUCGUCCCUGGUUACGGCCACGCCGUCCUCCGCAAGACUGACCCCCGCUACACUGCCCAGCGCACUUUCGCUCAAGCCAAGAUGCCCAACGACCCCAUGUUCCAGCUGGUCAGCCAGGUUUACAAGAUUGCCCCUGGUGUCCUGACUGAGCACGGCAAGACCAAGAACCCCUACCCCAACGUCGAUGCCCACUCCGGUGUUCUUCUGCAGUACUACGGCCUGACUGAGGCUAACUACUACACCGUCCUCUUCGGUGUCUCCCGUGCCAUUGGUGUCCUUCCCCAGCUGAUCAUUGACCGAGCUGUUGGUGCUCCCAUUGAGCGCCCCAAGUCCUUCUCCACUGACAAGUGGGCUGAGCUUGUCAAGAAGUUGUAA